AACGAAAAAACAGAAAAAGGAAAACGAAAGGAGUUGGUGUGUUAGUCUCUUAACUGGGGGUCUCCAUUGAAGACCUGCUUCUCUUUUAUCCAUGACUACACCACCUUCACGUCAGGGAAUCUCUGCGCCUGGCAUUAAAGUCUCUCAGUUCAAUUUCAGAUUCCUCUGCACUGCCGGUAAACGGUUCCAAAACUUCUUUAGAAUCAAAUUUCCAAGACCAACCUAAGGAAGAGGAGGCCAUUUCUGGGUUGUUUUCUCCACCUCGAUCUCAAAUGGGUCGGAAGUCAAGCGACUCCGAAGCUAGCCGUUGGGCUCUUCUGAUCCUUCUAUUGAUCGGUCUCGCCUCCUGUUCUCUGGUUUAUAUGUGUAUAUCCGUGGUGUUUAGACCCAAGAUCAUUCCUUCGGUUGUAGACUUGGAUUCAGAGGUAUUAUCGUCAUCUAUGACUAAUGAAGAUUUGGAAGGAGUUUCCGGGUCAGAGGAGGGGGAGUGUUGCAAGGGGAUCGAGAAUUUGGAGCUUUGGGGGGCUGCUGUGAAGUGGGGUUCGGAUUUCAAGUUUAAUACUUCUGAGGAGUGUUGUCAGGCAUGCAAGGCGAUGUGCAGCGGCGGAGACGGACCUUGCUUGUGCGAUACGUGGGUCUUUUGCGGAAGCAGAGAAACUUGCGGUCCGAAGUUUGGUGAGUGUUGGUUGAAGAAGCAGAGGGAUACAUUAGCUCCCGAUCAUCAUUUGUCAGGAGAGCCGCAGAUUUGGACUUCUGGGCUUAUUUUUGGAAAAGGAGAAGGCAUCAUUGGCCUUGAAACAGAAUAUGGAGUCCUACAUAUAAAACUUUUCCCGGAUUGUGCACCACAUUCUGUGGCUUACAUUCUUGAGCUGUUGGGAUUGCAUCAUUGUGCGGGCUGCCAAUUAUAUCGUGCAGAAGGCCGCGGAAGCUCUUGGGAUUCAGAAGGAAACCACAUUAGCAACGCUCCUCUUGGCCCCCCGUUUGCACUGCUACAGGGAACACUUGAAGCCCAAGGAACCACAUUUAAGAAAAUUCCAACUGAAGCUUGCCCAGCUAUAAGAAGAGGGUCGGUUGCAUGGGUUGGCUCUGGUCCAGAGUUUUUUAUAAGCCUAGCGAACCACGAUGAGUGGAAAAAAGCCUACACUGUUUUUGGUUCUGUUCUUCCAGAAGAUAUGGAAAUUGCGGAAAAAAUUGCGCAGCUUCCUACCAAACCAGAUUUGUGGAAUAACAUUGAAGUUUCAGUCUUGGAGAAACCUAUCCCCUUGUCAUUCCGGAGAAUCAAGAUGAGUCAUGGAGACCUAAAUCUCUUGAAUGGUUCUUAGGUGUUAGGAUGUCCUCAACCUUCUGGUUUUGUUUUCACACUUAGUCUCCAGUUUAUGGGCGUAAUGAUAUUGUACAAGCUUGAAUGCAUUCAGUUUUGUAUGCCUAUUAGUUUACAGAUAUUUGAAUCCCCAGAUUAUUAACAUCCAGUGUUAGAUAUACAAGCCUUGGUUGUAAUUCCUUUUAGGCAACUCUCUUGGUGGAUAACACGUUACUUGCAGAAGUCUAA